AUGCUUCACCAUAAAUCAUAUCUCAAACGCGGUCGAGGUGGAAAAGCUUUUAAAGUCGUAAAAGAGCACUAUCUUCGUGACGAUAUUUGGUGCUCAAUUGAAUGCUGUACAAUGUGUUCUCAUACUGAACCGAUAUUAAGUUCUUCUCCAGCUUUUACGAACCUUGUUUUGAAACCUCAUUAUAUUGUUCCGGACACAAAUAUUUUAAUUAAUCAAAUUGAUAUACUUGCGCACCCAGCUUUAAAGGAUAUUAUUAUUUUAUUUUAUGUGUUUUCAAAUGAACAUCAUCGGGAAACAUUUAUCGAACGUGCGAAAGAUGAAUCACCAAAUGAUAGAAAUGAUCGAGCUAUAAGGUCAGCUGUUAAAUGGUAUGCAACUCAUGUUAAACAAAUCACCGAUAAAGGAAAAUUUCUUGAGGUUGUUCUUUUAUCAGAUGAUGUAGAAAAUAGACAAAAAGCUAGACAAGAUGGAAUAUUGGCUUAUUCAGUUAAAGAAUAUGUUGAAGGAAUGAACGAUACACCGGAAUUAAUUGAUAUGCUCGGGAAUGUUUCUAUUUCUGAUAACAAAGAUAAAAAAUUUGUUUACGAUUCGCAUUUGUCUCCUUUACAAAUAACAAAUGGGAUAAAAAAUCAAACUUUGCAUCAGGGAACUUUGAAUAUCAGCAUGCACAAUUACCUCGAGGGAUCUAUUCAAAGUAUUAUAGAUGGAGUUGAAACUCAAAUAAUGAUACUCGGGAGAACAAAUUUAAAUAGGGCCAUUCAAGGAGAUGUUGUUGUUGUUCAAUUACUUUCAAAGUCCGAAUGGCUUAGAACCCCAACUGCAGUAAUUGUUGAAGAAGAUGAAGAAAAAAUUCUAGUCGAAGAAUUACAAAAUGCUGGCGAACUUAAAGAACAAUCCAAAGAGAUAGAUAAUGAAUCAUUCGAAGCACCUCGACCUACUGGAAAAGUUGUUGGAAUUAUCAAGAGGAAUUGGAGAUCAUAUUGCGGAUUCAUUAAUAAACAAUCUGUUAAAGGCUCCAAUACAUCAACUUUGUCAGAAAAUGUGUCAGUUUAUCCAAUGGAUAGGCGAAUCCCAAAAAUAAUUAUAAGAACUAGACAGGCUCAGAACUUAAUGGGUCAAAGGAUAUUGGUUGCUAUUGAUUCUUGGCCAAAGGAUUCCACGUUUCCAUUAGGGCACUUUGUUAGAGCACUUGGAAUUGCAGGAGACAAAUCUACUGAAACAGAAGUUUUGCUUCUAGAACAUGAUGUUCCUCAUCAAAGCUUCUCUCAACAAGUCUUAAAUUGUUUACCUCCUGAAGGUGAAUCAUGGGUAGUUAGGGACGAACAUUUACAGGGACGAGUUGAUUUAAGGAAUCUGAAUGUUUGUAGUAUUGAUCCUCCUGGCUGUACGGAUAUUGAUGACGCGUUACAUGUUCGGUCGUUACCAAAUGGGAAUUAUGAAGUUGGUGUUCAUAUUGCGGAUGUCACAUUUUUUGUUAAACCGAAUACUCCACUGGAUGACGAAGCAUCCUCACGUGGAACAACAGUUUAUUUGGUUCAAAAGCGAAUUGAUAUGUUACCAGAAUUAUUGGGAACGAAAAAAGUUGAUAGACUUGCAUUUUCAUGCAUUUGGGAAUUAAAUCCAGAUGCGGAAAUUGUCAAUGUUUCCUUUACAAAAAGUGUCAUUUCAUCGAAGGAAUCUUUCACGUACGAAGCAGCACAACUUCGUAUCGAUGACCAGCGCUUGGAUGACGAUGUUACAAAAGGCCUUAGAAUUUUAAAUGAAUUGGCUAAAAAACUUCGCGUACGUCGUAUGGAACGCGGUGCAUUAACGCUUGCGAGUCCUGAAGUUAAGUUUCAAUUAGAUCAUGACUCACAAGAUCCUGUUGAUGUAGAGAUGAAGGAAUUGAGAGAAACUAAUGCACUUGUUGAGGAAUUUAUGUUGUUGGCUAAUAUAUCUGUUGCUGAGAAGAUACAUCAAAAGUUUACGGCUACAUCAUUAUUAAGGCGGCAUCGUCCACCGGUUACAUCUUUGCUUGAAGUUUUAGUGAAGGCUAUUUCUCAUUUAGGUUUAACUUUACAUUAUGAAACAUCAAAGGCUCUCGCAGACUCGUUAGAUGAAGCAGUGUUACCUGAAGAUGCAUAUUUUAAUAAACUAUUAAGAAUAUUGACAACGAGGUGUAUGACGCAAGCCGAAUAUUUUUGUUCGGGCACUACUUCUGAACAAGAUUUUAGACAUUAUGGUCUCGCUUCAGAAAUUUAUACACAUUUUACAUCACCAAUUCGAAGGUAUUCUGAUAUAAUCGUACACCGAAUGUUAGCUGCAUCUGUAGAUCAUAAUGCAAUAUAUGGUAGAGAACUUAUAGAUAAAGAGAAAAUUCUACAACUUUGCGAAGUAUUAAAUUAUAGACAUAGAAUGGCACAAAUGGCAGCUCGAAGUUCUGUUGAGUUGCAUACAAAUAUUUUUUUUAAAGGAAAAACAGAACAAAACGAAGGAUAUGUCAUUCGCAUAUUAAAGAAUGGAUUCGUUGUAUUAAUACCAAGAUAUGGCAUAGAAGGAAUUGUAUAUUCUUCAUCAGAUAAAGCAAAAAAAGUUUCAACAGAUUUAAACCUAGCACCUUUGAUUGUAUAUAAUUCUCACAAUAAUUGUUUAGAAAGUGUUAUAGAUGGUAAGGUUAUAAGUAUUAAAUUAUUUGAUAAAGUAGUAGUACAAAUAAGUGUAAAUGAAGAUUUAAUUGGGGGUGGUGAAGGAGGUAUGAGACAAAAAUUAAAAAUGGAAUUAGUUCAACCAUUUUUGCCCGGAUUAAGUGUAUCAAAUAAUAAUAGUGGAUCUCUUAAUAAGGCAAAUGAAGAUGAUAAUGCAAGUAUUGAAGAUAAAAAUUAUAAUAGAAAAAAAGAUAAAAGAGAGGAUAUUAAUGGAGGAAAAAAAAAGAAAAUAAAAAUAUAA